GUGCACGUUUUUGUCUAUCCCCCUCAAAUAUUUGUAUCCCAGGCUUACCUCCAUACCUCGACUUCACAUACGAUGGAGACGAUGUCAGAAGAUCCAAACAUUUUUCACCUCACAGCAGUUGUUUAUGGUUCAGCACCGGGUGAUCCUCAGGACGACGACGCUCAAAUCGAGGCAUUUGGAGAGUUGCCGCGACGAGUCGAAGUCAAAUUUAAAGCCCGUAUACCCGACACCGGCCUACUUCAGGAUCAGGCGCGACUCGAUACUUGGGGACAACUGUAUACACAUUCUGUCUAUGCGGAUUUGAAGCAUAGCCAAGAUUGGCGUUGUGCUUUUUGUGACAAACCAGCAAGAGAGAGUAGUUCAUCCUUUGCGUCAUGGAUGCACCUUCGACCGCCUCGCAUGAACAUCUUUGUUCACCUCUUAUGUGAUGCAAGUGGGCCGUGCGGCGAAGAGGCACGCGACGCUGUGUUGACUCUAAACGCAAGUCCACCUCUAAGGUUUGGUCAGACGUACCCACAGGCAGCUAGUUGUGUUAGCUGUCAAUCGGAAGAGAGUGCCCACUCAGAUUUACAGCGUUGUUCGAAGUGUAAGCUAUCAAGAUAUUGCGGAGUGGACUGCCAAAGAGCUGACUGGGGGCGUCAUAAGAAGGUUUGCAACGCCAUAACUGAAGUCACUUGGGCCUGGAAAUGACUUAGCCCUGUGAGGGCAGCGUAGCUGAUCACCACCAUCAUUUCCUAACAAUUCGAUACACAUCUGUAUACUUACAGUAUAUCCUGACUUUGAGACCUAGGUUUUUUGCGUCAUGCAGGUACAUCAUAAAUGUCACAUUGGGUUCUUGUAAGUUU